AUGGAGCCGUAUUUCACCACGCGCGUCGUGACAGUCCCCGUAGUUUUCACGUGCAUUUGCUGGAUUAAAUCGGUCGCUGCUCUCCAGGGGGACGGAGGGCUCGGUCGAAACGUGAGCCUUACGUUCAAGCAUUCUGUGGAGCUUGCACAACGUAUCGACACCAACUUGGAGAAACGAACGAGGCUCUCUACAAAAGCCAAGGAAAUGCUGGAGCGCUGCUCCGGGGAGAUAAAACAAUUCAGACAACUCAAGCAUUUGGCAAGCGCGAACCCGAUAUACGUGGGGCUUUCGAUGCUCGAAUACGACUUGAAGUAUCUGUACGUGGCCAAUGAAGUUAUCCUGUCGUCGUCGACAUUUUGC